AUGUGGUAUAAAUUACAUAAAGACAAAAGUAAUGCUGAUGAUGCAAAAGCAGAAAAGAAAGAGAAAAUCAGAAUGAAAAAGAAAAAUAAAAAAAAGAAUGAAGUUUACCUGAUAUGUAGUUUCAACUCUCAGGUAUCUAACUUACUCAACAAAGAUUUAACAAGCACCGAUACGACUUCCGAACCUCUUCUCAAUAAAUACAUCACUUGUAGUUCUAGAAAAUUCAAGAAGUCAAAAUAUAGGUUACAAAACAGUAAAAAUGAUUCCGAUUCAAUAUCCUCAAGAAGUGAAAAGUCAUUGAGUUGUUUUUCAUACAAGUCAAUAAGUUCAGAACUGAUAAGUUAUAAUAUCUGCAAAGAAGGACGAUACAAAUCAAUCCACUAUUCGGCUCCAUUAAGUGAAAAUGAAUUACCAACCCGGACUGAUUGUAGCAACACCAUGUUUUCAGACGAUUCAACUGUAGAGUAUGAACCUAUUCAAUCUAAAUUCCUAAAAAAUUAUUAUGACCAAGUUCAGUCAGUAGAACAUAAGAUGAAAUAUGCUGACGAGAUUAUUUUAAAGAAAUUGGGAGAUAAUUUUGCAUAUGAAUCUGUUAGAGAUAUAACAAGAGCACUUGAAACCUUAAGCUUGAUCGAAAAGAAAUAA